UAUAUAUAGACGCCAAACAUAGAGACUAAACCUCAUCAAACCACAGCUGUUCAAUUCCUAUCCCACAAAAAAAAAAACACACACGCACACAAAAACAAGAGCUGUGAGUUUGAUCAAUCUCGUCAAAAAGUGUAACACAUGGGUCUAAUGAAUGGUUCAAAGAAUGAUGAGUACGUAAAGCUAUUAGGAGCAUGGCCUAGCCCUUUUGUGCUGAGGACUCGGAUCGCACUUAACCUAAAGAACGUAGCUUACGAGUAUCUAGAAGAAGAAGAUACAUUGAAUUCGGAGAGCGUUUUAAACUAUAACCCCGUCCAUAAACAGAUCCCAAUCCUCAUCCAUGGCAACAAACCAAUCCGUGAAUCCCUCAACAUCGUCAUGUAUGUUGAUGAGACUUGGCUCUCCGGUCCUCCCAUCCUUCCCUCUGAUCCAUUUGAUCGCGCUGUGGCUCGCUUUUGGGACGUCUAUAUCGAUGAACACUGUUUCACAUCAAUUAAUGGAGUGGCAGUAGCAAAAAACGAGGAGGAGAGAAAGGCAGCGAUAACUAAGCUAGAGCAGUGUAUGGCUCUAUUGGAAGAAACGUUUCAAGAAUGCAGCAAAGGAAGAGGCUUCUUUGGAGGAGAAAAUAUUGGAUUCAUUGACAUUGGUUUCGGCUCGAUGUUGGGUCCUCUUAAGGUUCUCGAGAAAUUUACCGGCGUCAAGUUCAUACAUCCCGAAAACACACCAGGUCUUUUCCUUUGGGCAGACAGAUUCUACGCACAUGAAGCAGUCAAGCCUGUCAUGCCCGAUAUCGAAAAACUUGUCGAGUUCGCUAAGCUCAAGUUCAAUACUUCAAUUUUUAAAUAAAAAGCCAAGGACUACUAAUAAUUAUUUUAAAAUAUAUAUACGACGACAAAUGAAUGAAUGAUCACAUAAUCGAGAUCGAGGAAGAAAAUGUAUUCUCGAUUAAUUAGAAGAUGCAGUCAAAAAGUUCUUUUGUUUUUUAAUAAAAAUUAAAUGUAUGAGAUUAUGAAUUUGGUCGUAAAAACGUGUAUAUUAAAAAAUCCAUUGAGCA